UUCUAGUGUAACUAGUUCAACUCCUGUUUCUAGAGGUUCCCAAAUAUCUCAACCGAUCAAGAGUUUCCUUUCAUCUCCAUCGCAAAAAAGAUGGCUUCCUCGUGGAGAAAGUACGAGACCCGAAAGCGAGACCCAAACCCACAAAACGUCGCACUUCUCGUCAUCGAUUUACAAAACCACUUCUCCUCCAUGGCCAAACCUAUCCUCCACAACGCUCUCACCACCAUCGACAUCUGCCGACGCGCCUCCAUCCCCGUAUUCUUCACGCGCCACGUCCACAAAUCCCUUGCUACUGACACCACCAUGCUCGGCGAGUGGUGGGACGGCGACCUGAUCAUCGACGGGACUCCCGACUCCGAACUCAUCUCAGAGAUCAAUCGACAAGUAACCAAACCAGACGAGGUCGUGGAGAAGAACACGUACAGUGCGUUUCACAACACGUGUCUCCAGGAGAACCUGGUCGAGCUUGGAGUCGAGGAGGUGAUCGUGAUCGGGGUAAUGACGAAUCUGUGCUGUGAGACGACGGCGCGUGAGGCUUUUGUCAGGGGUUAUAGGGUUUUCUUCUCGACGGACGCGACUGCUACGGUUAAUGAGGAGCUUCAUGAUGCAACUCUCAUGAAUCUAGCUUAUGGCUUCGCUUAUCUAGUUGAUUGCGAUAGACUCCGGCGUGGGCUUUUACGUAAUUAACCAAUAGUAAUACACUUUAUGAUCUUUCUUGUUACUUUGUUAGAUAUUGUCUUCUAGAUAUGUUGUACUUGUAUCAAAGUUACUUUGUUAGUUAUUGUCCUCUUGAGAUGUUGUACUCAUAUUAAAGUACUCGUAUGGUUUUUUUUUUUUUUUUGUGAAAUCAAAAGUACUCUUCACUCACAGAAAUAAAAUUGAUAUAUAUA